UGCCCUAGGAAGUGGGCAGUGCGUGACGCUUUCCUCGCCCAAUGCCAUUUCCGUUCUCCAGCUAGGCAACAGCAGCAGCAGCAGAAGCCGCAGCCUGAGCGCUCCCCCUCCUCACCCCAGCCCCCUCGGUUUGCUGCAAGACUCCAGCGGAAGGUGGGCGGAUGUUUGCCAUGUGCCAACCAGAGGUAUCCCUCAACCCACUUUUCCAUGAGGCAAACUUGCAACUGGACACAGCCUACCUUGGUGCAAGGGAUGGUCAACCAGACAAGAACCUCAACUUCAUGGAUGAGGAGGCCUAUGACAGCAAUGAUAACUGGAGCCAAACUAUGCCAGGAAUUCCAGUUCCAGGGGAACUGGAGAUGCUUGAAGGUAAUGCUGUUUCAGCACCAGAUAAUCAAACAUUACUUCUACACAGGCAGAACACAAAGAACAGGCCUAGGAAUGUCCCACAGGGCCUGAAUUCAGAUGGUGUGUCCCUUGUCUCUGAGGAGGAAGAAGACGUCCGCAGGCCUCCAGAGGGGGCUGAGGUUACUGGCUUGGAGCAGGAGAAAACUACUGCUGAGGAAAGGAUAAAGCUGAAUGAGAAGGUGGCCAGCUCCCCAUUAGAGGACAAUGGUUAUGCCAGCAGUUCCCUCAGCAUUGAUAGCCCUGACAGUGGGGGUGCCAGUGCCUGGGAUGUGCCUGUUGUUGCCACUGAAGACCAAAGAGGCCAUUUGGAGUCAAAGCCACCUGAUGCUGAUCCUGAAAGAACCUCUCCAAUUUCUGAGACAUUGUUCCCAGCACUGGCUGAGGCCUUCCGGAAUCUUCAGGAUAAGAAGAAGUUCAAGGAGCGGGAAAAAGAGAAGCAUCAUGUCCACUUGGUCAUGUACCGCCGUUUGGCAUUGCUCCGCUGGAUCCGCAGUCUCCAGCAGAAGGUUGUUGACCAGCAAAACCGGCUGCAGGAGAGCUUUGACACCAUCUUGGACAACCGUAAGGAACUCAUCCGAUACGUCCAGCAAGGCAUGGUGUAUGCCAAGAACCCAGCACAGGCUGAGUUGUGAAUGAUGCACUCCAUCUCUGUCUGUGGGCUUCACAGUGCUGCUCUCCCUGGUUAUCCAAGUGAGAAGGCACUUGAAAUUUCUAGAUCUGCCUGCAUCCUGUAGGGGAAAGUUAUUUUUUAAUGUUCGUUGUUUUUCCUACGCUAUGCAAGAGCAUCACCAGAUGAUUAUACAUGGGGACCCCAUGCAUAAUGGCCCAUAAUUAUUUAUGAGUAGAUGUGACUUAUAGACUUGUUUCUCUCGUCAUUGUGGUGCACGGCUUCUGCUAAUGAAUGCAAAUGAUUAUGAAAAAAAUAUAAGGAAAAAGUGAUCCUAAUUAUAUGAUCUUACACAUUGUGGAGAAGAACCUGGAAAGAUGUUGGCUGCUUCAGUUAUAUGCUUAAGAAGAUGGGGGUAGGAUGGAAGUCAGAGCCUGUUGGGUUAGCUAGCUGGAGGAAGGAACCAUGGGGUGGUUCGAAACAAGAUACUAUUACAACUUCUCCCAGUCUGAUCAUCAGGUAAUCUAGAGAGCAGAUUCCAUGCUACGGCUUGUUGUGUAGUCCCUAGAUCUCAUGCAUAUCUUCAGAAUGGGCAAUUUAUUGUUGAGAAAAAAUAGUGGGCUACCCCUCUGUGUUUCCAGAUUGCUUCCCUGCUAUUUGCCUAGUGGUGCCCCCUCCCACCUUGGCCUCCUUGUAAGUUCCUUCUGUCACUCAUUCAUGCCCUUCGUCUCUCAAAAGAUUGGUGUGGUGUUUUUGCAAAGUCUCUAUUUGGGUUCAUUUCUCUGCAGCUGCUUCAGAAAAGAGGACCUAAUUUUGCCAAAAUUAGGCAUAGAACACUAAAGAAGGUCAUUCUAUUGGGUUUAAGGAUAGUCAGAAUGUAGUUGGUUCUCAUAAUUAUUUUUUCUGCUUUUUCAACUAGCAUUGGGUUGUUUUUUCCCUGGCCUUGGUUGACUCAGCAAGUUACUCACCAGUGGCCUGGGGAACAGACCAACCUGUGCCUAAAAUGUGAGUCUGCAAACCAAAAGUUGUAAAAUCUUCAGACUCGAUCACCCACCAUGUGCUGAACCAUUUCACAAUAUCAGUUCUCCAUUCCCCCCCUCCCCCAACCCCCCACAAUGUCUUCCAAUCUUGUAUCUUCUCAAUUAAAAUCGUAAGUAUCUUUCUGGUAUUUCAUGCAAAACUCUUACUUCUGUGAAAGUAAGAAUGAUUUGCCCUCAGGGUCAACCACAUAUAACAUACAGUUGCAUAUAACUUUUUUUCUGACUUUUUAAAAGCUAGAAGCAGCUUUGGGAGUUUAAGCAAUGGAAUGGCAGGCACAGAAGGACGACUGCUUCACCCUUUCUGUUCUUGGCUUUUUCCUGCUUAAAAUCUACUCUCCCUUGGUUGCUUUCUGAGGGGGAAAAUUAUUCUGAUAGUUCAUUGCUGUAACCCUCAGUUCCUAACCCACUGUCUUAAAACACUAUUGCCCCCAUUUUAACAAGUCUCACUCCUAUUCCCUCUUUCUCAUUGGCUUACUAAAAUGAACACCAAAUGGUGCAAAAUACACACAUACACAGAGCCCAUUAAGGAAUAGCCACACAUGCAAACCCAUGUGAAUACAUAACAGAUGUAUGCAAAACCCGUGUUCUUGUCAUAGAAAGUUUUUUUUUCUGAUUCUGAGACAUCAGAUAUCUUUUUUUUGCUUUUCAGAGUUUCAUAUCUUAUGCUUCCUUUACUGGAAAUAGGGACUGAUACAAUUCAGAAGGAGAAGUCUAGGAGUUUAGAACCACUGUGAAUGUUUUUCCUAAGUAAGUUAUGCCAAAUCAUAUUGCUUUUACCUUUUGCUUUGCAUGCAAAGGAAAUAGUUUGAGUAUUGGUUCCAAAGGAACUCUUGGGCAUUGGUGCAAUCCAUUUGUUUAUCAUGUUUUGUGAGGUUAUGCACAAUUACAAAGCAUGCUGUCUUGGAACUGUGGCCACGUGUAUUGAACAGUGAUGGACACAUGUCUUGACAUCUGCUAAACCUGUGGGGUCUGCAGCUGGUUGGAACAUGGGCCUCAUGCCUUGUAUUGCUGAAGCAACAAGUCCCUGCCCACCCAUGUUGGAAGGCAAAUGGUUUGAAAGAGAACAGAUUGAACCUGUCCAACCUGCACUAAAAGAAUGGACAAGAAGGCAAGUCUCUCAGGCUGAAAUCUCUUGUGACGUGUGAGGAUCACGGACCCUAGAAGUCCCAUCAGGUAGGAGAGACUUUUGUGCAUCUGAAGAGCAAGAUCUGCACUCCUUACCUGUCUUUCAGAUGGAUUUUUGUCCUGGACACUUUGAGUACUGCUACUAUAUUUGACAAACAAAGAAUGUGUGUGCUUCUGAUGUGAAGGAUCAAGUACACCCAGAGAAGGGUUGAGAUGUGAGUCAGCUUUUAUUAAUUAUGAUUGGACACUGGUCAAAUGUUGUUGAGUAUAUCACAAGGUCAAGACGAUCCCUUUGCAAGGGAUGCUUUCACCUUUUCAUUGCCUUGGAUAGCAAUGGUAGAAGUGGAUCUCCCUUGCUUAGGGAUACCAGCUCUGACUUGGGAAAUUCCUGGAGAUUUGGGGAUGGAGUAAAGGGAGGGUGGAGCCUGGGGAGGGAGUGGAGCUCAGCGGGAUAUAAUAUCAUAAUGUCCAUCUCCAAAGCAAUCAUUUUCUCCAGGGGAAUUAAUCUGGAAAUCAGUUGUAGUUCUGCAGCUCUCCAGAUGUUCAUGGAGUACAAAUCCCAUUAGUCCCUGCCAGCAUGGCCAAUUGACCAUGGGAAUUGUAGUCCAUGAACAUCUGGAGAGCCGCAGGUUGCAGACCCCUGUGGUAUAUCUUCAGGUUUUACUUGGAGAUUGGCAACUCUGCCCUUGCUCCUCAGCUCUGAAGGAGUUAAAGUCAUGCACCUCCGCAUUCAGAGGUAGGCACCUUCUGCCCAGCCAUCAUUUCCUGCCCAGUUAGGAUUGUCAGCUUCAGCUUGGGAAAUUUCUGGAGAUGUGGGGCUAGUGUCUGGGAAGGGGGGCAUUUGGGGAGGGGAGGAGCUCAGCAAAGAUGAGAUGUCACAGAAUCUGGCCUUUAAAGUUGCCACUUCCUCUGAAGGAUGUGAGGCCUGCAGUCAGAGAUCAGUUUUAAUUCCAGGGGAACUCCAGGCCCCACUUUCAGAAUGGCAACCCUCCUUCCAUUUCAGCCAUAAGGUCUGGUUUCCAAGCAGGAAGGCAGGAUUUGGGAGGGAAUGUUAGCUGGCACCAGAGAUACAUUUGGACAAUCAAACCUGCCUGUCACAUUGUUAACCACAUGGCUUCCAUUUUUCCUUCUUCUUCCAUGGAACGGCAGAUGCAAUCUGGCACCAUGUAGUAGCCACACAUCCUGUGAAGUCAGCUAAGAUCCUACCAGUGAUAUAGGGAGACAGAUCUUAAUACCAGAGCCUGAAAGAUAUAUUUUCUGGGUGAGGUGUGUGUGGAAGGAGGUCUUGCAAGGCUUUAAACACUGGAAUUCUUUUAGGAAGUUUGUUUUUGCAGUUAGCACCUGCAUAUGUAUAAAGUGCUCUCAAGUCACAGUUGACUUAUGGUGACCCUCAUGGGUUUUCAAGGCAAGAGUCAAAUAGAGGUGGUUGCCAUUACCUGCCUCUGCGUAGCAGGCCUGGACUUGUUGGUGUGCCAUCCAAGUAUUGAUCAGGGCUGACACUGCUUACCUUCAUAGAUCUGAGGAGAACAGUCUAACCUGGGCCAUCCAACUCAGGGCAAUGAGCACACAGAGGAAUGAAUUCUAUGCAUGUUGCUUUGAGCACCUUGUUUAGGAAGGAUGGGCUGAACAUGAGAGACAUUGGUUACUAUUUAUGAAUUAGUUAUUCACACACUUGUCUAUUAUAUAACAUCAUUUGACUAGUAUUAACAUGUGUCAAUUGACAGGGGUUUUUUUGGGGGGAGGGGGUGUUGAUUACAUGCCAAGCUCAGCAUGAAGCCAUUCUCCAGCAUGACCAUUAAUGGGAAGCUCCAUGCAGACACUGGGGCCCUACUGAGCACGUGUCCACAAUCUGUAACAUGUCCAUGUGUGUGCAUUUGACAUUACUGACCUCAAGCUGGUUUUAACUGCGUGCAAGUUUUAUUCCCUGCAAGCAUAAAUUUUUUUUGAGAGAGGAAAUGAACUGCGUCAAACAUAUAUUUUAAUAUGUUUGCAGCACCCUCUUAAGCAGGGUUACACCCUUCUAAGCCAAUUCAGUGGACUUAAAAAGGGUGUCACUUGCUUUGAAUUGCAAUGUUAGUGUCAUAUGAGGAAACAAACAUCCAUUCCAAGUGGGGUGGGGGGAAAGAUUCAGUCUUAAAAUGGAAGGUGAAGAGAAUGUAGAUGAUGCACCUAAUGUCAUGGCAAAGAGGGACUUUGUUGAGAAUGUUAUGUUGACUGUGUUUGCGUUAUUUUUUUACAGAAUAGAUUUAUUGCAUAGCAUAUAGCAUAUUUAUAUUGGGGAAUGGGAAGAUGCUUUAGAUUAGAGCACCACUAAUCAAAUCGCAGAAUAUUUCAGAUCAACUUCAGGGCUGCUGCCCUGUGGGGGACACACACACACAUACAGAGAGAGUCACUUGAAUGAACUCCUGGCACUCUCAGAUCUAUGAGUUCUGUUUUUAUUUUUAUUUAGAUAUUGAUAUUUCUAUUUUCUCCCCAACUGGAAUCUAAAGUGAGUUGUACCACCAUUCUCUCAUUUUGUCCUCACAAUAAUCCUGUGAGGUAGGUGAGGCUGAGAGGGAGUGACUGACUCAAAGUCACCCAGCAAGCUUCCAUGACAGAGUAGGGAUUCAAACCUAGGUCCCCUAGUUUGUAGUUCAGUGCUGAACUCAGACCACACUGAGUCUUUUUAAAAUAAAGUGAUACUGCAUAUGCCUGUCUGAAGGCAAGAGCCAACUGGGCUGUUAAAAUAACCUUGGAGCAAAUUGAGCCACAUGGACCCCACAGUGCCACAAGAGUCAUGUAGCUUAGCAUAUUCGUUGCUACCAAUGAUCCUCCAAGACAGAAUUCCAAUAGAAACUUUCCUAGUAAGUUAAAAGGCAGUCUGCCCUCUUGUUGAUGAUGGAUGUGCAGUAUCACUGAAAAAGCACAGUGGGGGUUAACAGCAGACAAAUGGCAGUGUUGAUGGUCGUGGGGAAACAUACACAUGAAGCUGCCUUAUGCUGAAUCAGGCCAUUGCUCUAUCAAGGUCAGUAUUGUUUUCACAGACUGGCACAUGCUUGUAAGUGAUGCCUACAACUAAUGCAGACUAGGAACUCCAUUGCAAGGAUAUAAACACUGAAAGAAGAAACUAUCUGAAAACAGUCCAUAUUAGUGACCUCUCCAGUGCAGCUGAAAUUGCAGGCAGAAAUCAAAGAGAAUUCUAUAACUAUAUUUAUGCUAAAGGUUUUAAACAAUCAUUCUUUUCAUGUAUGCCUAGCAAUUGUAGUUCUGUGGGGGAUGCACGUGAAAAGACUGGGACUUCUAGCAGGGUCACAGGAACCUCUUUUAACAACAGUUCCCAGGAUUCUGUGGGGGAAGUAAUGAGGAAUAUAACAUUGCUGUAUCUUUGUGGUAUAGAUAUACAAAUCUGUGUAUUAUCAGUUUUUGCACAGUAAGUAUGCAUGUGUAUUACUUACUCAUUGUGUACACCCUAUACUUGCCUAUCCUCAGAAGCUGUGCUUUGGUUGUGGGAUGUCGCACUCUCUAAAUACUGAAACUGGGAAAUACAAGCAUUUGUGAUAUUUUGCAAUUGCAGCACUUUCUCAGAGUGUCAUGGGUGGCAAUUUGAUGUCUCCUGGAUUUUUAUUAGUGACACCCCUCUCUUCAUUGGUCCAGUUUUACUGUGCCUCAGUUAUCUUUGGUAGCCAUGUGUCCAGUGCCACAUAAUCCCAGCCCUGCUUCCCAGAGCAACAGGAUGGUUGAGAAACAGGUUCCACCUCCCCGCCCCCCAAACUCUGGCUUCUUCUCUAGCAAGGUGAGAAAACUGGAGAUUUAGAGCGAGUAAAUAACGAUAUUAUGAAAAUGCCUUAUUUCCCUCCUCCUUGCUGAGGUCUCCAAGCUUCUUUCUUUUGACCCAACUGCAAAAUCUGACUUUCUAUCCUGGCUAUUUUUCAGUUGAUCUUAGGGUUGUCAGCUCUGGGUUGGGAAAUUCCCGGAGGUACAAGGUUGGAGGCUUGAGAGGGGAAAGACCUCAGUGGCCAUAGAUAUACAUUUUAAACAAAAGUGCAAGAAAAUUUUCUCUAUCCCUCCCCCCUUCUGCCAUUUUGUUAUCUUAAUUUUUAUCCCAAUUACUGUUCUUUUCAAAAAUUCUUAGCUCUGUGCAUUCCUGUUCUCCUAGGCUGGAGCACAACCACCCAGGCAGAAUUAUUAAAAAAAAAGAAAAGAAAAGAGAACAAUCUAGCAUGGGGCAACAACCUAGGUCCUAGGGGAUGGAAGUACAUGCCUGAUGCAGAACUGUGCCAUGGGAAGAAAAAUCUGCUAAGGGCAUGCCUUAAAAGAGAAACCUUUGUGGUGCAGGCGGCAAUUCACAUGCAGAGAAUCGCUGUUUAGAAAAGUCAUAGUGUUACUGAAAGCAUUACAACCUCGCUGCUCUGAAAUGUCUCAGUGAACUGGAUGUUGUCAGCCCUUUGGCUUGCUAUUGCAGUCAUUCAUCCACAAUAUAUAAUAAAUGACCUAAUGUAUGUGUGAAUAAAGUCUAAAGAAACCA